UAUUUAUUUAAUUAUUUAUUUAAUUAUUUAUUUAAUAUUACUUGAGGUUAAAAAUUUUUUUAAGAAUAUUUUUUAUAGUUGAAAAUUUAUUAUUUAUUUUAUGUAAUUUUUAUUUUAUCUAUUAUAACAGCACAAUUGUGCACCUACUCAUCUCUGUCUACUACACAUUCUCUAUCUAACAACGUUCCACAAUACUCUACAAUACUCUAAAAUAUUCUACAAUAUUCUACUAAAUAAUCUGCGAAAUGUGUGAAUUAGUGUAAAACUGUGUUGAUAGAAUGUUGGAUGUGGAACAGUGUGAGAGAAGUGAUCGGCUACUGCGAGAAUUUAGUCCUGAGAAUGUACUUUACAGAGGCGAAGCCUUUAAAGGCGGACCCGCAGGACAACUACUACACGGAAUAAUUGACUUGUAUGACUCUGACGGCCAAAGUAUAAAGGAACCGAUAAAUGAUUUAAUCGCCUCUUUAACUCUAGACAAUCAAUCACUACAAUCAAAUGUUAACCUAAUCAAACAACCCAAUGGAUCCAUACAAGUAAGGUAUAUGGCGAGGAAAAGUGGUAAUUGGACAUUGGCGGUUACUGACACCACAAACCAGCACAUUCGAGGUUCACCGUUUAGUGUUGAAAUUGUGCCUGCAAAUACCUCACCGAAUUAUUCCACUCUACACUACAUUAAACAACACAAUUACAUCUCCAACUACAAAGAGUUUGUGGUGCAAUUGAGGGAUAUAUUCAGUAACAAUUCUCUAAGUGGUACUGAGGGACUUAGUGUGUAUAUCACAGGUUCUGGCAAAGUCAUUAACGUGCUGGAUCUACAUAACGGCACAUACAGGAUCAUUUGUUAUAUCAACGAAUCACAUCCUCUCAGUCUUCUCAACGUAAAGUUGUUUGGUAAGGAUGUGGUGAACUCACCCUUUAAUCUUACUACUCUUUAUCAUCCCAAAACACAAAGAGAGAACACACCGGUGGACAUACUGAGGGACUGCAAACUGGUGUUACAAGAGAAUAAAAGAAUAAAUACCCAGUUACACGCGCAACUUGCGUCAUACCAAAGGAUGAGAGAUGAGGUUGAGAUAUCAUAUACAGCGGCAAGAUUAGGUGUGGUGCAUUCUAUACCGGCGGCUUUUACUAUUACUGAGCCCGAUCCCUUGGAACGGGAGAAACGUGCCAAAUUAGUCCAACAAUACAAUGAAAUGAAUGCGGAAAUUAGUGAAAUACAGGAAAAACUAACAAAUUUACAAGAGGAAAAGAGGGAAUUAUUCGAUUACCUACACAACAAAUAUAAAAAUUCAAAAGACUAUUAUAAAGAAAUUGUUGAUGAAUAUAAUUUCAUCAUUGGCAACGUCGUCAAACUCAAUAAACUUUUGAAGACUGACCAGUGGAUGAGGAGACACAUGACAGACGCUGAUGUGAUGAAAAAAUUUAAUGAAAUGGCAAAAGUUAACCAAUCUUUAAAAUUACUCCAGGAAUCAAAUAACACUAUUAACGCCAGUGAAACCACCGUCGACGCUGGUAGUGUUAACAGUAAAAAUGUGUUAGAGGAAGGAACACAUUCAACGGUGCCAGAUAAGCCAAACACAUUAGCAUUUUGGCUCGUUGAAGGCAAAUUCAGAACCUAACCCCCAAAAAUCCAAUACUCCAAAAAUUUCACAACCUUUCCCACCUUUUCCACUUUUCAAUAAUUU